AUGUCGUUGCAGCCACUGUCAGCUGCCUUUCAACCAACCGGCCGCCGUUCGGAGUUCAUUGUUGUCAGCUGCUACACCCGUUUUGACAACCUUGCCCAUGGACCACGUGGCAAAGAGGCGAAGAAGAGUCUCUACACCUUUUGGAUGGACACAAGUGAUGGCUCGAUGGUGCUCCUUUCGGUGGUGAAGGAAGACGUCAUGAAUCCGGCUUUCUCACGAUGGCACUCAAGGCGAAAUGUGAUGUACACAUGCACAGAGUCAGUGGCAGAAAACGGGCAAAUCGACACCUGGAGUGUGGACCCCUUCACGGGCCAACUCUCGCGGAUCGGGACGUUCGAUGCCAACAGCCCAGCACAGAGAUGCGGUCGGUGCUCAAAUGAUGUCGAUGUUGGGUAUCAUGAAUAUUCCGCAGUGUGUAGCCAGUGCUGCAGUGGGAAUGUUCAUCAAUCCGCUCUGCUAUUGAGAUAG